CCAUAAUGACUUAAACUGGGAAUUGAGUUUGACAUGAUUAUGUGUAUUGGUAUAUUGGAUGAAAUUAUCUGCAUCAUGGUUUUCAAAAAUUGAGUUUUGAACUUAUUUGUUUUCGAGUAAUUAUUUUGGGAAAAUUUUUGUUUUAACCAAGUGAGAGAUUUGGUGAAGAAUGAAUUUUGUGUGGAUCAAUCUAAGGCCAAUAUUUCCUUGUAGCUCGCACGGAAGUUGUGAAAAUGUUCCUACUGACCAGUCGAGAGGAGUGGGGGCGGUUGAUGCAAGACCGCUAGUAUUAGAUUAUGCAAAGAUGAAGAGUUUGGGUGGUAGGGACUUUAAGGGAGAUGUGAGCCCAGAUGCUGUAGUAGAGUGGUUGAGAGAGAUGGAAGAUGUGUUUGAGUAUCUUUAUGCAACCCCAGAGGAAAAAGUGCAGUAUGUUGUUUUUCUCCUAAAGGGGUAUGCGAGGAGCUGGUGGUCCUCAGUCUCUAGAGUUAAUGGUGAACGAGUUCAGUUCACCUGGGAGGAGUUUCUGAAGGCCUUUAAGACAGAGUUUCUUCCCGAAGCUUUUAUCAGGGCAAAGAACAAUGAAUUUUCCAACCUUAAGCAGGAGAAUUUGACAGUUACUGAGUACACCAUCAAGUUUGUUCGACUGCUUUACUUUGAGGAUGGGUUGGCGGAUACUGAGCAUAAGAAGAAGAUGAGAUACUUGCAUGGUCUGCGCAUAGGAUUGAAAGAAAAGAUCCACAGGGUUGAUGAAGAGAGCAUGGCCACAAUCAAGGAGGCAGCACUUAAGUAUGAAGCCUAUGAAGUUGAGAGCCGAGAGGAACACAAGGCCAAAGAAGAGGAGAAGAAGAGGAAGUUUGGAGUAAAUUAUGCUGGACCUCGUUACCCACCCAGGAGAGGUCCUAGCAGUUUUGGGAGAACACCAAGUCAAUCUAUGUCGGGAACAUCAUACAGGGCACCAAUAUCCUCAGCCACACAAUUUCCAUUUUGUCAAGUUUGUCAGAAGAGGCAUAUUGGAGAGUGUAGGAGAUUUGCUGGUGUAUGCUUUCACUGUGGCCAACCUGGGCACAUCAUGAGGGAUUGCCCGCAUGCGAGAGAAGUAAGAGCUACACAGUCCGAGCCUUCAGUGCAAAUGAGUAGAGCCCCAUUCAGGGGUGGUUACCAGGGAGGCCGUAGUGGAUUUCAGAGUGGUCGUGGUGGUUCACAGGGUGGUAGAGGUGGUGGUCGAAAUCAGCCAUCAGGAAGUGGUACGCAGGGUACCAGAGCACAGGGAGCACCAAGGGUUUAUGCAAUGACUCGAGGUGAGGCAGAAGUGGCACCAGAAGUUGUGACUGGUAUGCUUUCUAUCCUUGGCAAGCAAUUAUAUGCUUUGAUCGAUACUGGUUCCUCUCACUCAUUCAUGUCAUAUACGUUUGCACAUAUGCUACGCUUAGUUCCAGAUAAGCUAGGUUAUACCUUAUGUGUUAAAACACCUGUGGGAGAUACCUUGAAGGUAGACUCAGUUAUUAGAAGUUCCUUCAUUUGUGUGGAAGGAGCUUUCCUAGCAGCAGAUUUAAUUCUGCUACCUUUUGAUGAAUUUGAUGUCAUCCUUGGAAUGGACUUUCUGGCAACACAUGGAGCUGUUGUGGAUUGUCAAAAGAAAGAAGUGUUAUUCAACACACCAGAUAAAGGUCAUGUUGUAUUCCGAGGCAUUAAGAAAAAGGAGACUCAUGGUUUUCUUUCUGCCUUGGAAGCUUUUCGGUUAGUGAAGGAAGGUUGUGAAGCCUUUCUUGCUCAAGUUACUGUAGUAAAUGAUAAAAAGGUUGAGGAUGUAGAGGUGGUAAGGGAAUUUCCUGAUGUAUUCCCUGAAGAACUUCCCGGCCUUCCACCAGAGAGGGAAGUAGAGUUUGAUAUUGAAUUGGUACCUGGCACAACACCAAUUUCAAUGGCACCAUAUAGAAUGGCACCAAUUGAGCUGAAGGAGCUUAAAGAACAAUUGCAAGAAUUGUUAGACAAGGGGUUUAUUCGACCUAGCAUCUCACCUUGGGGUGCACCGGUUUUGUUUGUCAAGAAGAAAGAUGGCUCCAUGAGAAUGUGCAUUGACUACCGGAGGUUGAAUAAAGCAACAGUGAAGAAUCGUUAUCCCCUUCCAAGAAUAGAUGAUUUGUUUGAUCAAUUGCAGGGUGCAUCAGUCUUUUCUAAGAUUGAUUUGAGAUCUGGAUACCAUCAAUUGAAAGUGGCAGAUGGAGCAACCUCAAAAACAGCUUUUAGAACAAGAUAUGGGCAUUAUGAGUUCCUGGUAAUGCCUUUUGGACUCACUAAUGCACCAGCGGUAUUUAUGGCUCUUAUGAACAGAGUUUUCCAUGAAUAUCUUGAUAAGUUUGUGAUUGUGUUCAUAGAUGAUAUUCUCAUCUAUUCUAAAAGCGAGGAGGAGCACAAAACUCACCUUAGAAUUGUGUUGCAAAUUCUAAGGGAGAAACAAUUAUAUGCAAAAUUCUCAAAAUGUGAGUUUUGGCUGAAGGAGGUAAUAUUUCUGGGACAUGUAAUUUCUGGAAGAGGUGUCGAGGUGGAUCCGAAAAAGGUGGAAGCAGUGGUGAGUUGGACUCCACCAAAAGAUGUGUCGGAGUUGAGAAGUUUUAUUGGCAUGGCUGGUUAUUAUCGGCGGUUCGUAGAAGGAUUUUCUAAAAUUGCUGCACCAUUGACUAAACUGUUGAGGAAGAAUACUAAGUAUGUUUGGGAUGAAUCAUGUCAAAAGAGUUUUGAUGAACUGAAAAAGAGAUUGACCACAGCACCAGUACUUGCACUACCUUCAAGUCAAGGAGAGUUUGUGGUGUAUAGUGAUGCCUCGUAUCAAGGAUUGGGCUGUGUGUUAAUGCAAGAUGGAAGAGUUAUCGCAUAUGCCUCUAGGCAAUUGCGUCCUCAUGAAGUAAAUUAUCCCACUCAUGACUUAGAAUUGGCAGCGGUGGUAUUUGCUCUCAAGAUUUGGCGACAUUAUUUGUAUGGUGAGACUUUUAAAAUUCUAACUGAUCACAAAAGCUUGAAGUAUAUUAUGGAUCAGAAGGAUUUAAAUAGUCGCCAGAGGAGAUGGAUAGAGUUGUUGAAAGAUUAUGAUUGUACCAUUGAUUACCAUCCAGGUAAAGCUAAUGUAGUUGCUGAUGCUCUGAGCAGAAAGGGGAAGAAGAAUAUAAAUGAUCUGGUUGAUUUGAGGGCAAUGAAUGUGGAUUUGGAAGUGGAUGGUGUGACAGGGUUACUAGCUCGGUUGAACAUUCGACCUUUGUUGCACGACAAAAUUCGUGAGAAGCAGAAGGAGGACCCAGAGUUGGUAAAAAUCAUUCAAGACAUUCAGGAAGGAAAAGAAAGCCCAUUUGAAAUGGUAGAUGGCAUGUUGAAGAUUAAUGGAAGAGCAUGUGUUCCUAAUGUUGAUAACUUGAGGAAAGAGAUCCUAGAUGAAGCUCAUUCUUCUGCUUAUGCUAUGCACCCAGGAGCAACUAAAAUGUAUCACACGAUCAAACCAUAUUUUUGGUGGCGUGGGAUGAAAAAGGAAGCGGCUGAACAUGUUUUCACAUGUCUAGUAUGUCAGAAAGUUAAGGCAGAACAUCAAGCUCCCGUGGGAAAACUGCAACCACUUCCAAUUCCAGAAUGGAAGUGGGAAAGAAUCACAAUGGAUUUUGUAUAUGGUCUUCCAUCAUCAAGGGGAAAAGAUGCAGUAUGGGUUAUUGUGGACCGACUAACCAAAUCGGCUCACUUUUUACCCAUUAGAUGGAAACCAUCACUGGAGACUUUGUCUCAACUAUAUAUUAAGGAGAUCGUCAGAUUGCAUGGUGUGCCAAUUUCUAUUGUCUCUGAUCGAGACCCGAGCUUCACAUCUCGGUUUUGGCAAAGUUUACAUGAUGCCUUGGGAACUAAAUUACAUUUUACUUCAGCUUAUCAUCCUCAAACAGAUGGGCAGAGUGAACGAAACAUCCUAACCUUGGAGGAAUUACUUCGAUCAUGUGUAAUGCAAUGGGAGGAAUCAUGGAUUGACCAUUUGCCCUUAAUUGAGUUUGCUUACAACAACCAGUACCAUAGUAGCUUGGGUGUUCCACCAUAUGAAGCACUUUAUGGGAGGAAGUGUAGAACACCAUUAUGUUGGGAUGUAGAAGGAGCAAGGCAAAUCUCAGGGCCAGAGAUAGUUCAGAUCACAGUUGACAAGGUCAAGGAAAUCAGGGAGCGUUUGAGGGUGGCUCAAGAUCGACAGAAAGUUUAUGUUGACACGAGUAGGCGUGAAGUUAAUUUCGAAGUGGGUGAGAAAGUAUUUCUCAAAGUGUCACCUUGGAAAGGCGUAAUGAGAUUUGGUAAGAAAGGGAAACUUGCACCUCGGUAUAUUGGGCCAUAUGAAAUCACAGAGAAGAUUGGACCAGUGGCUUAUAAGUUAGCAUUGCCUCCAGAACUAUCUCAAAUCCACAAUGUAUUUCAUGUUAGUAUGCUGAAGAGGUACAAAGUGGAUCCUUCCCAUGUGAUACAACCAGAAGAUAUCGAGUUGGGUCCUGAUUUGACAUUUGAAGAGGUUCCAGUUGAGAUUGUUGAUUUUCAGAUUAAGAAUCUUCGUAGGAAGGAAAUUCCAAUGUUGAAGGUUAUGUGGAGGAAUCAAGAAAGUGAGAGUGCUACAUGGGAAACUGAAGCAAGUAUGCGGGAGAAGUACCCUGAGUUAGUAGCAACCUACUUUACAGGUUAACAAUCUUGCUUAGUAAGUUAUGUUUUGAACUUGCUGACGUGUUUUUGUUGUGAUAGCCCAGUAUAGGUUUUUGAAACCUAAACAUGGGAACUUGAGGUGUUAUGUGUUACCUUCUAUGUUAUGAAUUGCCUGACCUAAGAGUUAGGUAAUGACUUUAUGUGUGAUAGACCAAGUUAAGGGUAAGUAAGAGGAGUUAGAGUUUGACUCAAGGUUAGAUUUCGGGGACGAAAUCUUUUAAGGAGGGGAGAAUUGUAACAUCCCAUUUCGGCUAAAACCCAUAUUUCGAUCGUUAGAAAGUUCGCGAUUUAAAAUCGAGCAUUUCGACACUAUUUCGGCGAAAAUCGAAUUAUCGAUCGAUCGGAUAAGUAUACGUAUUAAUUUUUAUAUAUAUAUCCUGUCGAUUUAAUUUCCCCACCACCACCGUUCAUUUUUCCAUUUCUUCCUUCUUCUUCCAUUUCCGAGAGAAACGAGAGAAACAGAGCACGCGCGGAGCUCUCGACCCAAAAUUCCAAAGCUCAAAAUCUUGAGCCCUAGUGAUCCAAAAAUCCCGUAAGUAAUGCCUAAUUCAUCUAUACAUCGUGUUUUAUCGAUUUAGAGCUUUAAAACGAGUUUUUGGUUCAGGAAUUUCUUGAAUUCCCGAUCUGCCAAAUUAGGGUUUCGGAGUAUCCGGAAGCCGGAUUGAGCCCAAAUUUCAUAUACGAGCUUCCUACAGCGAGGUAAUCAAUCCCCUAGUUCUAAUCCCUGAAUUUCGGUUAUUAUUUAGGCCGGGGUCCAAACCGCUGAAUUUAGCUCCGGCCAGGGUUUGAUGUGUUUUUAUCGAGAAUUUGACCCGGAGCCUAGAACUAAUAUUGACGGGGAUACUGCAGGGGAUAUUAGGACGGUCUCGGAUUUUAAUUCGGGGUUCGUUCGUGAAAUUGACGUUUUAGUACGGGAGGCUAGAACCGGUGUUUGAACGACCAGAACUGGUGAGGGAUUAGCACGGCAUACCGGGUUUGUCGUAUCACGAUAAUUAUAUUGAUGCUUAGAAUUGACCUAGGUGAACUAGAAUGGCAUGAUUAGGGGUGUAUGGACUUUUGUGCUAUAUGAUGAACCUUGGACUACUGUAUGAUAUUAUUGACUUGCCCUAAUCGAUAUGAACCUUGUUUAUGUGGAUGAUUGCCUACAUGUUGCCAUUUGUGGCUUAACUGUUGAUAUGAGUUUAUGGUUGUUCGAUAAGGGUUUUUGACAUGGUGUGAUAUUAUGGUUGUAUUUGGAUCCAUAAGUGGGGGAAUAAACUUCCCAGGGUGAUAUUAUGAUGUUUAAGGAGGAUGACUUGCACGAGGGUUUAUCCCGAGGAAGUGCAAUUAUACGACUCCUGAUUUACCUAUGUUGAGCCAAUUAUGGUCAGGUCAAGUACAUGUGCAAGUAAUGAAUUAUGAUUAAGCAAGAUGAGAUAUGAAUCAUGUAUAAGGAUACAAAAUAUGAGUGUUGUGGUCUCACGAUCAACUACAUAGUAAUUAGGGCUCCCUAUGCUAUUACUCUAUUAUGAUAUGUAUGAUAGUCACACCUCUCAUGUGGUGGUGACUGAAGAAUUCUUAUGAGAUAUGACCACACCCAGAGCGGUGUCGGGGUAUGACUACACCCAUAGUGGUGUGGGGUAUGUGUGACCACAUCCGACGGGAUGUUGGGGUAUGUAUGACUACAUCCGACGGGAUGUGGGGUAUGUUUCCCGGGAGAGUUAUUAGCAUGGGAGUAGCCAGGCGCCUAUGAUUAAAACAUGAUAAGAUGC